AUGGGGGGUUAUCCGCCGCAGCAGGUGUAUGGUGCCCCGCCGCCUCAGGCUGGCCCGCCUGGGUAUCCGCAGAAUCCGGCGAGCUAUGGGCAACCAGGUGGUGGGUAUCCGCAAAAUCCGGCGCCGGCGGUGCCGUAUUCGAGGCCGGGUGCCGUGGAGGUGGAUGGAGGUGGGAGAAGUAAGGCGCAGUUGAUUGUGGGGAUUGAUUUUGGAACCACAUUCUCCGGUGUCGCGUUUGCGUUUGCGACCAAUACCGAAGCAAAGGAAGACAUAAUAGCCGAAUGGCCCGGCGCUGGCAACCAGACGAAGCAAAAGAUCCCCACCGUCCUCUACUACGACCAAUACCAAAAAGUCGUUGGAUGGGGCCCCGACAUCGCGGAUGCCCUCGCCCCCACCGGCUAUCCCAAACCCGGCGUCCAAAAAGUCGAAUGGUUCAAACUCCAGCUCAUGCUCUCCGGCAACACGUACAUCGACCCCAUCAACCUCCCCCCGCUUCCUCCAGGAAAGUCUGAAGUCGAUGUCGCCGCCGACUACCUCUUCCAUCUCCGCCAAGCCAUGCGCAACCAGCUCCAGAAAAUCCUCGGCGAGGUCUUCUCCCGCGAGGAGCGCAACAUCCGCUACUACCUCACCGUCCCCGCCAUCUGGAACGACGCCGCCAAGGCCGCCACCCGCGCCGCGGCCAUCCAGGCCGGCUUUCUCCGCGACGACAACGACAACCGCCUCACCCUCAUCACCGAGCCCGAGGCCGCCGCCCUCUUCUGCUCCAAGACCGGCCUCCUCAACCUCAAGAUCCACGACGCCGUGCUGAUCGUUGACUGCGGCGGCGGUACCGUUGAUCUCAUCGCCUACGAGGUCGAGGAGGAAAACCCCUUCUCCGUCGCCGAGUGCACCGCCGGCUCCGGCGACUCCUGCGGGAGCACCGCGCUCAAUCGGAAUUUCAGCAACAUCCUGCGCGCGAAGAUCCGCAAGAUGAAGUUGCCGGAUGGAAGCCGCACCGCCGGGAAGGUGUACGCGAAGUGCAUCAUGGACUUCGAGAACCGCAUCAAGGCCGACUUCCGGAACAACGGGCAGAAGUGGGCCGUCGACGUGGGCAUCGAGGCGGAGUUUCCCGAGGCGGGCAUUGAGGAGGGGUAUAUGACCUUCACCAACGAGGAGAUCCUGCAGUGUUUCGAGCCGGUGGUGAACCGGAUCUUGGAGCUGGUGCGGAAUCAGAUCAUCGCGAUCCAGGCGCAGAAUCGGACGUUACAGAACGUCCUCGUCGUCGGCGGCUUCGGCGCCUCCGAAUACCUCUUCCAACAAAUCAAACUCCACGUCCCCCCCCAGUUCCAAUCCAAAGUCGUCCGCCCCAUGGACUCCGUCGCCGCCAUCGUCAAAGGCGCCGUCACCGCCGGCAUCACCGAGCGCAUCGUCACCCACCGCGUCGCCCGCCGCCACUACCUCAUGGCCACCCUGCAGCCCUUCAAGCCGGGCCACCACCCCGAGCAGUACCGCGUGCCCAGCCUCGACGGGAAGGAUCGCUGCAAGUAUACGCGCCAGAUCUUCGUGCAGAAGGGGCAGCGGGUGAAGAUCGGGGAGCCGGUGAAAGUGAGCUUUUUUAGGCAGGUAGCGCCGGGAGCGACGUUGAUGUAUGAGGAUGUUUUGUAUGCGUGCGACGACGAUGUUUGCCCGGAGUAUACCAAAGAUCCCCGCAUCAAGGAAGUCAUCACCCUCACGUCGGAUCUCAGCCGCAAGAACCUCGAGAAGGACUUCGAGCGCAUGGACACGCCGCAGGGCACGUUCUACCGCGUCUACUUCGACAUCUACCUAACGCUGGACGGCAGCGAGUUCAACGCGGAGCUGGUGUGUCAAGGGGAAGUGAUGGGGCGUUGCACAGCGCGGUUUAGGUAG